GAUUAAAGAAAGCAUCCAGCAAGAACUGCACAAGAAACGGAGUCAGCCAGAGAACAAGGAGUGGUCUUCCACUACUUCACAGGAGGAUGGAGGCCCACAACGUGUCUGUCCCAUUCAACUUCACCCUGCCACCCAACUUUGGCAAGCGUCCCACAGACCUGGCACUGAGCGUCAUCCUGGUGUUCAUGUUGUUCUUCAUCAUGCUCUCGCUGGGCUGCACCAUGGAGUUCAGCAAGAUCAGGGCUCACUUAUGGAAGCCUAAAGGGCUGGCUAUCGCCCUGGUGGCACAGUAUGGCAUCAUGCCCCUCACGGCCUUUGUGCUGGGCAAGGUCUUCCGGCUGAAGAACAUUGAGGCGCUGGCCAUCCUGGUCUGUGGCUGCUCACCUGGAGGGAACCUGUCCAAUGUCUUCAGUCUGGCCAUGAAGGGGGACAUGAACCUCAGCAUUGUGAUGACCACCUGCUCCACCUUCUGUGCCCUUGGCAUGAUGCCUCUCCUCCUGUACAUCUACUCCAGGGGGAUCUAUGAUGGGGACCUGAAGGACAAGGUGCCCUACAGAGGCAUCGUGAUAUCACUGGUCCUGGUUCUCAUUCCUUGCACCAUAGGGAUCGUCCUCAAAUCCAAACGGCCACAAUACAUGCGCUAUGUCAUCAAGGGAGGGAUGAUCAUCAUUCUCUUGUGCAGUGUGGCCGUCACAGUUCUCUCUGCCAUCAAUGUGGGGAAGAGCAUCAUGUUUGCCAUGACACCACUCUUGAUUGCCACCUCCUCCCUGAUGCCUUUUAUUGGCUUUCUGCUGGGUUAUGUUCUCUCUGCUCUCUUCUGCCUCAAUGGACGGUGCAGACGCACUGUCAGCAUGGAGACCGGAUGCCAAAAUGUCCAACUCUGUUCCACCAUCCUCAAUGUGGCCUUUCCACCUGAAGUCAUUGGACCACUUUUCUUCUUUCCCCUCCUCUACAUGAUUUUCCAGCUUGGAGAAGGGCUUCUCCUCAUUGCCAUGUUUCGGUGCUAUGAGAAAUUCAAGACUCCCAAGGAUAAAACAAAAAUGAUCUACACAGCUGCCAAAACUGAAGAAACAAUUCCAGGAGCUCUGGGAAAUGGCACCUACAAACGGGAGGACUGCUCCCCUUGCACAGCCUAG